AAUGUCGACAAUUAUUGUAUUUUUUGAUUUUAUCUUAACAAUUUAAUUAUUUCUAAUUAAAUAUAAGUGUUAUUUUGUAAUUAAAAUGGAGCAAAUACAAAGAUUAGAACAGGAAAUAGAUCAUUUACGUAAAACAUUACAAGAGAAAGAGAACGAGUUAUUUGAAAUGAAAAGAAAUUGGAUGCCGAUGGAGUCAAACGAUACACAACCAGAAUUCACGACAUUGUAUUCACGGAAUGAAAGUAAUGUAGGAAAAGUUCAAUAUGGGGAUAAACUUCCUAAGUGGGCUAUUGAAAGAUACAGUAGACAGAUAUUACUACCAGAUAUCGGAGUGGCAGGUCAGGAAAAGUUGUGUAAGGCUAAAGUACUAAUUGUGGGUGCUGGUGGACUUGGCUGUCCUGCUGCUGUGUACUUAGCUGGUGCUGGAGUUGGUGAAAUAGGUAUAAUAGAUUAUGAUAAAGUGGAUUUAACAAACAUACAUAGACAAAUACUGCACGCUGAAUGUGAUCAGAACAAAAGUAAAGCUGUAAGUGCUGCGGAGACAUUGAAGAGUAUUAAUUCUAAUAUUAAAAUUACUCCAUAUAUGCUACAGUUAGAUUCAAGUAAUGCUUUGGAUAUCAUUUCUAAAUACGAUGUGAUAUUGGAUUGUACAGACAAUGUACCAACAAGAUAUUUACUAAAUGAUGCUUGUGUGAUGAAUAAGUUACCUUUGAUAUCAGGGAGUGCAUUAAAAAUGGAAGGACAGUUAACUAUAUAUGGAUAUAGAAGUGGAAGGAAUCAAAAUGAGAAGGAAUUAUAUCAGGGUGGUUGUUACCGUUGUCUGUUUCCCAACCCACCACCAGCGGAGACUGUGGGGAGUUGUUCAGCUAAUGGAGUAGCCGGACCUAUACCAGGGGUUAUAGGUGCAUUACAAUCUUUGGAAGCUAUAAAAUUAAUUGUUGGUCAAACUCGUGAUAAAUUAUUAGUUGAAAGAUUUUUAAUAUUUGAUGGAGAUGAUGUGACUUUUAGAACAGUAAAACUCCGCUCGCGAGAUCCGAAUUGUCCAAUGUGUUCUGAAAAUCCAAAAAUAACAAAUUUAAUUGAUUAUGAAGUGUUUUGUAAAUCACAAGCCAAAGAAAAGGAUUUAGAUUUACAAAUUCUUCCGUCGGAAAAUAGGAUUACUGCAUUCCAAUUGAAGGAGGAACUAGGAAAUAGUUCAAUGAAACAGCGCCAUCUUUUGAUAGAUGUUAGAAAUGAAGCUGAGUUUAACAUGUGUCGUAUAGAUGGCGCUGUUAAUUAUCCUAUAGAACAAUUCAGAGACGCUAAAGUCGAUGAAGUAUUGAAAAUGAUCGAUGAAAAUUCAAAAGUCACAUUUAUAUGUAGACGUGGAAAUGAUUCUCAAAUAGCAGCUAAAAUUAUACUUGACAAAGGAAAUGAGGACCACAAAGGUAAAAUAAAGGAUUUAAUUGGUGGUCUACAUUCAUGGUCUGAAUAUAUUGACCAUGACUUCCCUGUGUAUUGAAA